CGAUUGCCCGCCCAACCUGCCCAGCAGGCACAUGGGCCAAGUUAGAGCGCCUGGGGACCAUUGUCAGUGGUCAAUUGUCGCUCGCCUCGUUCUCGAUACAAACCGCCCAAUUUUAGCCUUUUAGGGAGUUCGAGCCCGCUGCUGGAGCCCGUUGCUACUUGCAUCACGGCCACCAAUUUGCGGGGUUUUUACAGAAGCCCAAUCUAUCAUACGCUCAAGGGCAAACCGGGGACGGGAGGGAUGGGGGUGUGACCACAUGAAUCUGCCCGUCAGCCUGCCCGCCCGGGUCCCCGCGCCAUCUUCCCCGCCAGCGAAUGCGAUUAUGUGAGGGCAGUUAAUAUGUCAGACGCGUGGAGGAUUCGAGUUUCUUCGCCCAUGGAAGCUUUGUGCCUUAUUACUCCCUGUUUGUCAACGAGGGAGACUCGAGUUCGGCUGUUGAGAAGUGAGGCGUGGCACCCCGUCCAAGUAACACGACGGAUGGAGGGGAGGAGGGGGUGGGGGUAUGAAACGGCGUCCUGGCCUAGUAAGGCAAGACCGCAUCCACAUCCGGUCAUCGUGCCGCCUGUAAAUACCCCAUUUCAAGAGGUUCGAAAGACAAAAAGACAUGGGCACUGCGAGUACCACUCCAAGCCAGGAACCCAAACGUUUUCAGGGGACCGGAAGGGUUGCAAGAGCAGGGGGGGUGCAUCUAACAACCAAACACUCUGUCACCCCAAAUCGAAGAUUUUGCUCUUCCAGUGCUCACUUCCCCUCAACGGCCCAAAAGUGAGGCUAGUAUUUGGGAUAUCGGUUCGAUAUCAUCUUUGCGCUAUCUACCUUAUGACCAGGUGGGCGCUCUCCUCGGUUAUUAGCGGUCCCUUCCUUCACCGCAAGUCCCUCCCCCACGGCCGAGCCGACCGGUGUGGUGUAUUAUUGCGAAACGUGCCCGCCCGCCUGCUCAACGGCAACGGCAACGCAACGGCAACGGCAACGGCAGCUAGCAGAGUCAGGGAAGUCGGGGCUUGGUUGAACCACGCAGCCCCCUCUGUCGUCCAGAGUUAACCCCCACCUUUCCAUUGAAGCGGUAAGCAAGCGCUGGCUGGCUGGCAGAGGAGAUGGCGUAGAGGGUUGGUUGGGUUCGCAUCGGAGGAAAUCUCUUCUCUGGCUGAGCUGGAGUUAACUCUGCGAUUCGUCAAACGAAACGACCGCUGGAUCGUGUGCCUGGACGACAACAAGUCCCAAGCCAAGCCUCGGGCCAAAAAGCCAAGCUCAUCUUUUUCACCAAUCGCAGACGACCGUCCAGCUGCUUUCGCUGCGCUGCAAGCU